GCUCCGUUCUAUUUUCCUCCGUUUUCUCGGGAAACAAACAGCGCCUGUUGUGAUAUCACGAGAGAGAGACACACGGAGAGGGGAGAGAGACCUUUGCAGGCGGCUUCAAGCAGAGGCGAAACGUCGGCCCAAACGGUCUGGCUGCCGGACGGAAUAGGUGAUGGAUUUAUCGGCCCUUCAACAUUCUCUGCCAUUUCUUCAAACUUUCUAAGCCUUCAGGCCCUCUCUCUCUUUCUAUUCCUCUUUUUCUUCUUCGCUUGCUGUACAGUUCGAUUCGAUUCUUGUUGGCCGUUCAGCCGAUUCUGCGAAAAGCUUUCUCUUUUGAAUACAGUGCUUUAUCUCGGAGAGAAUUCCGAAUUUCCGAGACGAACAAGGGUCUGACGAGGGUUUGAUGAUAUCGGGUUUGGUGGGGAGCAAAACCAGUCGGGUCGGGUCGGGGGUUCCAUUAUUACAAAACCAGUCGGGGUCCAAUUCUCUGUUUUCGAAUCGGAAUCGAAAUCGAUAGUAUAUUCAACCAAUUUAAGUCAUACAAAGCCCUCCCAAUUCGAGGGCAUGCGCUGGCUUUCACCCUCUGCGAAGGAUCUCUUGGUACUUUAGCGCUUCCAAUUCGUAAAAUACAGAGACGCAAGUGCUUUGUCUACAAUGCGGUCUUUGGUCUCCACGUCGAAGGCUUUUGGGCGGUUAAUUUCUAGGAGAAGUGGUGGUGGUAGGCGGUUGAUGAGAUACUCCAGGGACUUUGAAGAGUUGGGAAGUUUUGAUCAGAUUCGGUGCUCUAGCGGCAUUAUUGGUACUGGGAAAAUGCAGGUUGAUGAGGGCAUUGGUGCUCGUAAGGAUCUGAAUUCGUUGUAUGGGAAUGCUUUUGGGGGUGCUGCUGCUCAAAGGAGGGGUUUUCUUGGUUGUGGAGAUGGGGAACACGGCUGCGUUUUAUCCAAGGUCUACGAGGAGAGGCAGGUUUUGGGGUACUCUCCAGAGCAAUUAUUUGCUGUGGUUGCUGCUGUUGAUUUGUAUGAGGAUUUUCUCCCCUGGUGCCAACGGUCAGAGAUUGUUAGACGCUACCCAGAUGGAUCACUUGAUGCUGAGCUGCAGAUUGGUUUCAAAUUUCUUGUUGAAAGCUAUGUUUCUCAUGUGGAAUUAAACAAGGUGAAUUGCAUUAAGACAUCUGUUUCUGAAAGUAAUCUUUUUGAUCAUCUAAUAAACAUUUGGGAAUUCAAUCCGGGGCCUAAUCCAGGGACUUGCAACCUUUAUUUCUUGGUGGACUUUAAAUUCCAGUCUCCACUCUAUCGGCAGAUGGCAUCCAUGUUUUUCAGGGAGGUAGUCUCUCGACUUGUCGGAUCAUUUCAUGACCGGUGUCGUGUGGUAUAUGGACCAGAACUCCCUGUUCCUGAUAACACUUACAGCCAAAGGAUCUAAAGUUCUCUUUUAUCACAUAAACUAAAAUUCAUAGAAUCAAAAGUAAUGGUACCACCAUUCUUUAGGGCAAUUAUUUUAUUUUUUGCUCAGUACAGUGAUUGAGUUUUGGUGGGUGAAAUUAGAGGGUUUUAUAAAUGCUCAGUUGGUGGAUCUGCAUGGUAUUUCAGUUCCCCAGCUUUACUACUUGGAAAUGCUGAGAUUUUCACAUUGAUUCUAAGAUUCCUGUACUUGUCAAGAUGAUAGUCAAAAUAAAUUUGUUGUCGCUAUUAUUAUCUCCAGCUGGUCCAAUAAUGUUGUGAUUUCAAACUUUGGAGAACAACUGGAGUGAUUGAAUUAGCUUUAUAUAUAUAUAUAUAUAUGUAUGUAUAUACAUGUAUCUGAAAUGAUGGAUAUGAUGGCUCCUAAUGAUUCAGUUAAUUGGUUUUAAGAUUUGUUUA